AUGGAGAAGCCCAGAUUCAAAGUCAUCAUCAUCGGUGGCUCAAUUGCCGGUCUCACAUUAGCACAUUGCCUCGAGUUAGCAAACGUCGAUUUCAUCGUGCUCGAAAAACAUCACGAUCUACUCGCAACUAUUGGAGGAUCGGUCGGUCUGAUGCCAAAUGGCUAUCGUAUUCUCGAUCAGCUGGGGAUCUACCAUCAAUUGCAGGGUGUGGCGUGCCCGAUUCGGCUAUCCGCUCUCGGUGCUCACUCGACAGCAAUUGAUCGAAACUCUGAUGGUGUUUCUGUCUUUACUGAUUCAAGAACGAGAUUCAACGGUGAUUUGGUUGUUGGCGCUGAUGGGGUUCAUAGUGUAACACGCUCGCAGAUGUGGCAUGUGGCAAACUCCGUUGAUGCAGGUCUAGUUACCGAAAAAGAAAUGCAUGUGCUCCGCGCUGAAUACGUUUGCUUGUUCGGGAUAUCACGACCAGUGGACGGGAUCAACCCAGGGGAUCAAAUCAUUUCCUGUUACGACAAUAAAUCCAUUCUCGUCUUCCCGAGCAAGGAUGCAUCCAUCGGCUGGGCCCUUAUCAAGAAACUCGACAGGGGUUACAUUUUACCAGAUUCAGCUCUGUUGUCGAACGCGGAGGUCCAGACCAUGGGCCAAGCCGCUGCAGACCUGACCAUUUACAGGGAUGUUAGAUUCAGAGAUCUAUGGAUCAGGACUCCCAGAUAUUCAACCACAUUGCUCCAAGAAGGCCUUCUCGACACGUGGCACUACGGACGAAUCGUGUGCGUUGGAGAUAGUGUUAGCAAGAUGACGCCGAACAUUGCACAGGGGGCAAAUACGGCUAUCGAGGGUGCAGCUGCUCUUGCAAAUAUCGUUCGUAAGAUCAGCCGCAUGCCGGAAAUAUCGGAAGAUCAUAUGAACAACCUGUUGCAGGGUUACGCUCAGAAUCAAAGGAAACGCCUUCGAGUGCUCCAUGCUAUCUCUCGAUCGGCAACACGCACGCACACUCGCCGCAAUUGGAUGACCAAGUUCAUCGGGCGAUAUGUUUAUCCAUACACCCCGAAUGCUGCUUCUCGGACCUUUGGCAAAAUAAUUGUCGAAGCACCAUUCUUGGACUAUGUUCCAUUGCAGGCUCUAUGUAGGGACGGAUGGGAGACACCGUCUGAAAGUCCUGGUAUAACGCAGAUUACAAUUAUAUGUGUGGUGCUCAUUAUUAUUGUGGCAUAUGCUGUUUCAUUUUCUCUGCGAGCUCGAUCAUCUGGUAUUUGA